GUUUCUCAGGCUGCAGCUGACUUGAAGCAAUUCUGCCUGCAGAAUGCACAACAUGAUCCCCUACUGACAGGAGUAUCGUCAAGUACAAAUCCAUUCAGACCCCAGAAAGUUUGUUCAUUUUUGUAAUUACGUGAACUACUUUGGUAUCUUUCAGUGAUCUUUUCGCAUCUUUUCCUAGCUGCUGAUAUGUGUAGGUCCAGAGUGCCUCAAGGAGUGGCCUGGUUUGAAAUCUGUACAAAAGCUUAGCUUUAACGUGCCAAAUCUAACUGUAAAAUUGCUACUGUCGUCAAACCUCUUACCAUCUACCUCUCCAAAUGAACUGUAUGCUAGUUUAAAUACUUCUGUUUCAUAAGGGAAUCAGUUUUAUAUGCCAAGCAAAAAAAUAAAAGCGUCUUGACUUA